UUCUUUCUUUCUUUCUUUCUUUCUGUAAAGUCUCCUUCCAUACCAUGCAGUUGGUGGUUGGCCGUGUAGCUACCCUCUGUGCCAGCUUCAAUGGUGUCUUAGGAGGCACCAUGACCACGUCAACUCUUUGAAAAGAAAAUAAUAAUUGGCAGCUUGCUUACAGUGUCAGUUUAGUCCAUUAUCAUCAUGGUGAGGAACCUGGAGACAUGCAGGUAGACAUGGUGCUGGAGAAGCAGCUGAAAACUACUCCUGAUCUGUAGGCUGAGAGACUGGGCCCACUAUGAGCUUUUGAGGUUUCAAAAGCUCACUUCCUUUGACAAGGCCACACCUUCAAAUCCUUCUAUCACUCUACUCUCUGGUGACUAACCAUUCGAACACAUGAGCCUACGGGGGCGAUUUUUAUUUAAUCACCACAAAUGGUAUGGCUGCUUUCUGUCUUCUUUUAUCCAUCUCUGAGAAGCAGCUGAGCUUUAUAGUCUUCAGAGAUGUUCUUUUCAUCUCUAAUGAAAUUGCCCUUCGGUCCCUUCUUAAAUUAUGCUAUUUAUGAGACUAAGCGUCCCAAGAGGGGAUAGAGAUUUCUCCUGUCAUUUGGUGACCACACUGAAGGACCUCUACAGUCCCAGUAACACCAGCAUAGUCAGUACUUCAGGAAGGAGAUGAGGGUCUGCGGUGAGAUAUUUCGGUGCCGGAGAACAAAGUCCACUAUACAUUGUAGAAUACCAGUCAUGUGGCUGACUGCUGUAUUGCUAGCUGGGAGAGCAAUAUCCAAAUACAGCAUGAUGCAUCUUCCUAUUUCUUAGGAUUCUGUUCAUGAGACUAAUGUAAUCAUGAGUUUAGCCAGAACUUUUAAUAGCUUACUCUAUUCAACCUGUUCAAUUUCUGCUACAGUGAGAAGGGCAUUAGAAAAAAGAGAAUCACUGUGUUAAGUGUGGUAUGCCUUCCUUGGAAGCUAGCUAACUUUCUGACCUCUGUUUUGGUUUCCAUAAUCUGAACAUAACAACUGAUUUUUUUUUUUUUUGCGCUAUUUGUAAAGACAGAUUAAUAAGAGAUCUCUCUUUCUCUCUCUCCAACUCAGAUGAGCUAUUUACCACUUUCUUAUUGAAGAAGAAAAUACCAGCCUCCCAUUGCUGGAGGUUAAAUGCAACUUUAAGUCAGGAUUAAGCAGGGGCAUAGGGCGGUAAAACCAGGGUCUAGUCAUUUGCCAAAAUUGUCAUUCAUUAGAUUAACUAUCUAAUGACUAGUCAUUAGUCUAGAUUCGAGGUCUGAGAAGAUAAAACCUGUGUGUUUUUACAGGUGUGGGGUUGCUAAAAAAACAAAACAAAAAACAGCACCUCUCUGGAUUCAUACAAAGAAGGUCUUCACAAAGAGGUAGUGAGUCCCUACAAAAUUGGGUGGCACGACCUAUCUGUCAUCAGUCUGUACAGCUGUAGACCAAGGAUGAAGGGAAGGCCAUUUACAGGAGACAAGGAAAUUGUGCGAUCCGAGGCAGGAGUGCCAGAUUCUUAGGACGUUCCCAGGCCUGACUUAUCUCCUCGAUGCCAGUCCCACCCUGGGAAGCUGGUGGCAAGUGGGGGACCUCGGGUUGUGGCAGAAGGCCGGCUCCCACUGUAGGGAGGCCCCGCGCGCAUGCGCAUCGGCAUGGCCCAGGCAGCUCCAUUGGUCUCGGGCGUCCCCUUUUCCCUCUUCACCCCGACCUAUCCCCCAAGACACCAGGCUCCCAGAGCGCGGGUCACCCGCGGCUCACCCGCUGGCUCGUCCCAGGCCCGGGCGCGCGCCUGCGCACGGGUCCCCGGGCGCGCGGGGUUACUAGAGGUGGAGCGCCGGGAGGGCGCGCAGCAGGAGGCGGACGCCGUUACGGAGGGAGCGUGGUCACGUGGCCGCUGGUCACCGCCGCCACCUCCCGCCCCAUUCUCUUGCUGGUCGGGCCAGGCCCGGCGUGUUCCACGAGAGCCCGGCAGACUGACGGGGAGAGAGAGAGAGAGAGCGAGAGAGCGAGAUAAAGAGAGGAGAGAGACAGAGAGACUGACAGAGAGAGAGAGAGAGAGAAAGGAGGGGAGGAGGAUUCAGGGAAUAGGAGCUGGGGAGCCCUGCUGCGCUACAGAAAAUUUCUAAUGACUUGGUGAAGAUAGGAAAACCGUCAGAAAGGCUGAAGUACUGCCAUACUACAAUUACUUCGGUGACUGUCUCCACUCUAUGCAAUGUAUAAGUCUGUGUCUGAAACGAGACAUCCUCUGCAGUCAGAAGAACAAGAAGUAGGCAUUGACCCCUUGUUCAGUUAUUCAAAUAAAACAAGAGGAGAUCUAAGUCAAAAUGGAAGAGGAUCAAAUUCUACCUUAGACACUGAAGGGACGUUCAAUUCAUAUAUGAAAGAAUGGGAAGAACUAUUUGUAAACAACAAUUACUUGGCAACAGUAAGACAGAAGGGGAUUAAUGGGCAGCUGAGAAGCAGCAGGUUCCGCAGCAUUUGCUGGAAGCUCUUUCUUUGUGUUCUUCCUCAAGAUAAAAGUCAGUGGAUAAGUAAAAUCAAAGAACUAAGAGCCUGGUAUAGCAGUAUUAAAGAAAUACACAUCACUAACCCAAGGAAGGCUGCCGGCCAGCAGGAUCUGAUGAUCAACAACCCCCUAUCACAGGAUGAAGGAAGUCUUUGGAACAAGUUCUUUCAAGAUAAAGAACUACGGUCCAUGAUUGAGCAAGAUGUCAAAAGAACGUUUCCUGAAAUGCAGUUUUUCCAACAAGAAAAUGUGAGAAAAAUUCUUACAGAUGUUCUGUUCUGCUAUGCAAGAGAGAACGAGCAGUUGCUUUACAAACAGGGUAUGCAUGAGCUACUAGCGCCUAUCAUCUUUACCCUCCACUGUGACCACCAAGCUUUUCUACAUGCCAGCGAGUCUGCACAGCCCAGUGAGGAAAUGAAAACUCUCCUGAACCCUGAGUAUCUGGAGCAUGAUGCCUAUGCAAUGUUCUCACAGCUUAUGGAAACUGCUGAACCUUGGUUUUCUACGUUUGAGCAUGAUGGUCAAAAGGGAAAAGAAACUCUGAUGGCCCCCAUUCCCUUUGCUCGACCACAGGAUUUAGGGCCAACAGUUGCCAUUGUUACAAAAGUCAACCAGAUCCAGGACCAUCUACUGAAGAAACAUGAUAUUGAGCUCUACAUGCACCUGAACAGACUAGAAAUUGCACCACAAAUAUAUGGGUUACGAUGGGUGCGGCUGCUGUUUGGCAGAGAGUUCCCUCUGCAGGACCUGCUGGUGGUCUGGGAUGCCCUGUUUGCGGAUAGCCUCAACCUGAGCUUAGUCGACUAUGUCUUCACAGCCAUGCUACUCUAUAUCCGAGAUGCUUAGAAAUCCAAGGCCGGCGACUUACCAGUUCCACCCCAACUUAGACUACUACAAAGCACGGGGAGCCGACCUUAUGAACAAAAGCCGGACCAAUGCCAGAGGUGCUCCCCUGAAUAUACACAAGGUCUCCAACAGCUUGAUUAACUUUGGAAGAAAGCUGAUUUCCCCAGCCUCAGCUCCGGGCAGUAUGGGUGGCCCUGUACCCGGAAACAACAGCAGCAGUUCCUUCUCUGCUGCCAUCCCCACCAGGACCUCCACAGAAGCCCCAAGGCAUCAUUUGCUGCAGCAGCAACAGCAGCAGCAGCACCAGCAGCAGCAGCAGCAGCAACCACAGCAGCAGCAGCAGCAACACCAGCAGCAACAGCAGCAGCAGAGACUGAUGAAAUCUGAAAGCAUGCCGGUACAGUUGAACAAAGGCGACGUAGUUACAGGAAGCGAUGCUCAGGUUUCUGUUCCUGUCCAGGCUCUAACUGACCUCCAAGGGCAAAGUUCGAAAACCAUCAGUUCAUCUCCAAGUAUCGAGAGUUUGCCUGGGGGAAGAGAAUUCACUGGCUCUCCACCUCCAUCCGCUACUAAAAAGGAUUCCUUUUUCAGCAACAUCGCACGUUCCCGUUCACACAGCAAAACCAUGGGCAGGAAAGAGUCUGAAGAAGAACUAGAGGCUCAGAUCUCCUUCCUACAAGGCCAGCUGAAUGACCUGGAUGCCAUGUGCAAGUACUGUGCAAAGGUCAUGGACAUGCAUCUUGUAAACAUUCAAGAUGUGGUAUUACAAGAGAAUUUGGAAAAAGAAGAUCAAAUUCUGGUGUCCUUGGCAGGAUUAAAACAGAUCAAAGACAUUCUGAAAGGUUCCCUGCGCUUCAACCAGAGCCAGCUGGAGGCUGGCGAGAAUGAGCAGAUUACCAUCGCUGAUGACCACUACUGCUCCAGUGGCCAGGACCAGGGCAGCCAAGUUCCUAGGGCCGCCAAGCAGGCCUCUUCAGAGAUGCCAGGGUGCACCGGUGGAACGACCCCAGAUGACUUCAUUCUGGUUUCCAAAGAAGAUGAGGGGCACCGUGCCAGGGGGGCCUUCUCAGGCCAGGCCCAGCCUCUUCUCACCCUCAGAAGCACAUCUGGGAAAAGCCGAGCCCCAGCCUGCUCCCCACUGCUGUUCUCAGACCCACUGAUGGGCCCAGCCUCAGCCUCAGCCUCCUCCAGCAACCCCAGCUCCAGCCCCGAUGAUGACAGCAGCAAGGAGUCUGGCUUCACCAUUGUGAGCCCCUUGGACAUCUGAGCACAGGGCCCCACUGGCGGACACCCUGCUGAACCAGUGUCUUUUUCCCAGCAUGCAUUUGGCAUUGGUUCAACCCACUGGAACUCUUUACAAAAAGAGGCAACUAUGCUUCUUUCAAUGCACUAUGUUUACCAAAAUGCAGAUAGAGGUUUCCAGACCCUUACCUGACCCUGUGACCCUUGUUCCAAUUAGGGCCAGGUCAGGUCCCCAGCUCCAUACCCACUGUCAGACACAGCAGACCACAUCAGAGCCACAUGUCUUCCGUCCCCUCCUCCCCAGCAGCUCUGCCAGUUUACACUCAGAAGGAAAAGUUGGUUUCACAACUUCCCCUUAUCAAAGCUUCAGCCACAGGGAACUUGUUGAUACUGAGUGAAUCUGGCAGGCAGUCUCACUCCUGCCUUGGAAGCCCAACAUGCCACACAGAGGGAGCAGAGCGGGUGGCUCCCAGGGCUGGAGUCAGAGUGAAUUGUAGGAGCAGGGUUUCAGAUUAGGAAUCAGAUUCUUGUUUGACACAAAUACAGUUCUGGACCCUGGGCUUCCUAAGCUUCAGCCACCGCUGUUCCUCCUUGAACAACUGGAUUUCUCCUUCCAGAGUCCCCACAGCCGGGAGUGCAGUGGCUCCACGCCAGUCUGCUCUGAGAUGGUUUUAAGAGUCACAGGGCUAACAUCCUUGAAUUGGAGAAAUGUGUCCAGAGCUCUCCGGUCAGGUCUCUGAGCAUGUUUAGAGCUACAGUGGCCUGUUAAAUGAGGAGCACAGAGGAAAACCACAUUCGCACAACCCGGAGUCAGACCUCCUGGGAAUUAGACCUGGAGUUCCUUCUGUGGGAGCAGGUUUCCUGUAGAGCGUUCCAGGUACCACAAGAUACAGGGCUCCUAUUCAACCCCCAACACCCUAUUCUUGGAGCUCAGCUGUAAACUCUGCAUCCAGACACUCCAAGGAUGGGCCUGCCUGCCUCGGGGCCCCUGCCUGGGCUGGGUAUACAUGAGACAUCUCCCCGUCUAUUGGCCGAGUACAGAGCUGUAUUGGGCACAAAGCUAGGGACAGUGGAAAUGGUGGAUAGAUGUAGCAUCUGUUAGAUGUCACCUCUGCCUUCUGUCCUCCUCAGAGAGCAGCUGGGCCUCUGGGCAGUGCCCCACCCACUAAUAGCAUUGUAAUUCUCUACAGACAGGAAUGCUAAUGUCAGGAUGCUCUGCAGGCUUCUUAGCUGUACUGCAUAGCAGGGCUGGUGGCUCACUCACAUGGUGGCGGGGCUCAGUCAUGGCCUCAUGAAUUCUACCCCCUGCCUCUGACCAGUCUUCUCAGCAUUCUGAGGAGCCUGCUUGCAUACAUGUCCCAUGAAGCUGCUCUGUAAGAAUCAGGGCCACCAUCCAUCCCUGCUAGAAGGCUUCCAGCAAGCAUUCCACUUAAAGCCUUGACAUAACCGUGUCAGUACCUUAGAUCUAGUGUGGGAAGUAUUGACUGAUCCAUCCAGGUCUGGGACAGUGCCGGCCAUGUCUGUCACUGCUGAGCCCUGUCCCCAGCAUCUCCUUUGCGUUGAGAAUAAGGUCAAUAGAUAACUAUCACUGGCUACCCACCAGGCCAAGAAGAUGAUAGGCUGACCCAUUACUGUUUGAAUGGACAUUUCAUAACCCCUCGACCUACCUGCCCUGCCCAUGCCCGUGAUGUGCCCCGCUCCUGUGCUUGUGUGGGUGCCACAUGAGAACCCCAGGUUCACACUGAGAUGUUUCUAUGGUCCCUAGGCAGGCCACUCUCUCCUUGGAAGAACCAAGGAUGGAAAGCUCUUCUCUAAGUGACUCUAUUCUUCGUUGGUGACCAUUGCUUCCCUUGGUUACCUACACUGCUGGUUUGGGAUGCAUUCCGUCCCUGUUAUUUUAUCAGGUACUUCUGUCUAAUUGUACAUUUUAAAGUCCUGGAUAUAUAGAACCUUUUUCUUUAACCACAUGGUAAUCAUCAGUUUUAAUCUCUCACAUUUUGAUUAUAGCAGCUAAUACAGUUUUAUACAAGCCAAGCCUAGAUUAAGCCCUACUGUCGUCUGCUUUUUUAUACACAUUUCUGUGUUUCAUGCAGUCCUCUCUGAUCAGAUUGGAAGUGUGAAGUAAAACAUACCUGUGUGCCACA